AUGUACGACGACCAGGCGAACGAACGCAAGGUGCAGAACCUCGACCGUCUGGUGUACAGCUCGGACAUUGGCGCCGCCACGUACCCCGAGAACGCGCGUGCCGCUGCCGUCCAGCUCGACGACAUUGCCGCGGUGCUCCGAGACCCUAGCACCCGCGAGACGUUUGGCGGGACCGACCUGCCCAGUGUCCUCGUCAAGAUUGUCAAUACCCCACUGCCUGCUGUGGAUGCCGCAAACUAUGGCCCGCAUCUCCAAGUCCUCGAGCAGGUCGGGCGCGUGGCUGCCAACCUCGUGGCUGACUGUGAUGUGAACCGUGACCGUCUGGCCACGGCGGGCGAAGGCGGCUACCCACUCCCGACAUUGCAGCUCAUCACCAAGCGUCCCCUGCUCCCCCUCCAGGCCCUGCGGCCGCUCGUGGCAAGCCUGCUUAACCUCACGGUCGAGCGCCACGGCCCCUCUGUCGCUGCUCUCUCCUCGCACGACAACCUCGUCGCCGUGAUGACCCUCGCUGGAGCGGUGCACACUCCUGGCGCGUGGGCAGAGGACGACGCCGACGCGCGUUCGGGCGUGGCGGCGUGGCUGUGGACCAUUGCCGACAACCUCAUCGACGAAAGCUCAGCACCAGAGUAUUCCCUUUCGGCGGCGGACGUGCGCCUCUUCCUUCCUCCUCUGCAGUGUGCGGCGCCGCGCGAGGCGCCCGUGGACGACGAUGGCGACUGCUUCUCGACGGACCUGACGCUCCUGACGCACGCCACGCGCGUGCUGGAGCGGUUCAACGCGGCGGACAAGCUCGACCACAAGGAGAUCAUGGGCGACACGGCUGCCAUGGAGCAGAUGCUCGAUUUUGUGGAACUGGCACUGAUCCCGUCCUGGGUUGAGGUGGACGACGACGAGCCCGGAGACAGCGAGAAGACGCUCGGCGUGGCCAAGGCCAGUAUCGCGCGUACGGUCGUCUCGCUGCUCGCCGAGGCCGGCGACGUGGCGCCCACAUGGGUGUGGGAGCGCGUCCAGGCCUGGCUGGACAUGAAUGACCGUGCAGACCUCGUGGCGUGCGCGCUGCUGAGCUACGGCAACCGCGCAAGAAGCGACGCCGCCGCCAAGACCCUCGUCUCUGAACCGGGCCUCGUCGCCCGCCUCGUCAAGCUCCUCGUCCCCGGCACCCCGGUGAUCGUGCAGCACGCCCUCCUGGGUCUGCUGCGCAACCUCUCCAUCCCAGCCGACAAUAAGCGUAUCCUCGGCGCCGCGGGAGUCGUCGAGGGCGUCGUCGCCCUGGACCCGUGGUGCAGCGCGCGCGACCCCGUCGGGAGCGUGCAGGGCGGCGCGAUUGGCGUGAUCAAGAACCUCGUCCGGGAACCGGUCGCAGCCAACGACGCGGACAAGGCCGCCAACAGCGUGCGCUUCUUGGCGCCAGUCGUCGACGCUGUCGCCGCCGCAGCGUCGAUCACGGAGAUCAACGACAACGACGACGGCAUUCUCUCCGCUUCCGCGUCCGCGUCCGUGGCGACGCCCGCCCCGGGCCCCGAGGCACUGCACGCCAUGAUCGCACGCACAAACGACCCGGCGCUCGCGAUGGAGGGCACGCGCGUGUGGGCCGCCGCCAUCCGUGCGCUCGCCAGCGUGCCGCUCGCGACGGCCACGGCGGCGCAGCGGACAGCCUGGUCCCGCGUCAGCAGCGCGCGCGUGCUCGCCGACCUGGCGCGCAUGCUCGUCGCGGGCGAGCAGCACAUUGUGCUCGUCAACGAAGGCGUGGUUGCGCUGUCGCUGCUGGCGGCGUUUGGCAGCGGCAGCGGCAGCGACGGCGACGGCGACGGUGAUAGCUCCAGUGCUGCGGCAAUUGACGCAGCGCUCAUGCAGCCGCAGGCGGUCACGACCAAGGCGCGCGUCGAGGACGCCGAGGUCGAGACGGGCAGCACGCGGCGGGGCGCCGACGUGCUCGCGCGCGUGCUCGCCCCGCGCGCCGACCGGCCGGUGGCGGCCGAGGUGCAGGCUGGCGCGGUCACGCUCGUGCGUCUCCUCAAUGGCGGCGCCGUGCGGGGCGUGUGUGCGCGCGAGAUUGCGCUGGCUGGCGACGAGGGCCGGUCCGUGGCUGCCGGCGCUGCCGAGCUGGCCGUGCUCGCCACGGCCAAGGACAAGACCACAGAGGCGCAACAGUGA